UUCAAUUUAUUCUAUAAAUUCUGAAAUUGUUAUUGUGAUUCAUAAUAUAACUCAAUGAAUCGUAAUUAUAUUUUUUUUUUUUUAAUAUUUAGAUGAGUCACUAGAUUGAAUAUAUUGAAUUUGACUAAAACAUUAAUAAGUUUAACAUUUUAUUGGAACUAUAGCCGCCACAUUAUGACUGAACCAGUUAUGAACGAUGAGCUUAUUCUUUUGGAAAGAGUAUUCUAUCGGAUUGGUUCGGCUGACACUGACGACCAGUUAUCGUCCUGUAUCAAUAAUUUUUUGGUUCCCGUACUACAAAAGCUGGCUUCGCCUCAUGAAGCUGUCAAAAACAAAGUGGUCGAGUUAUUGACGCAUAUCACAAGAGUUAUAAAACGCAGCCAAAGUAUUGCUCUACCAGUUGACCAAUUAGUUACUCUAUUGAAUUCCACUACUAACAGCUUUGUUUUGAAUUUUACUGUGGUCUUUGUGAAGAUCAGUUUUGGCCGCAUUGACAGUAACAAGCAGAUCGAAUUGAUUCCAAUUUUAAUUAGUUCUGUUGCUAAAAAAAGUAUUGCACAUCAAGAAAGCAUUUUUCUUCUUAUAAUCGGAGCUUUAAAUAAAUCUAAUGUGCAAACAGCGAGUAAAGGCGUAUCAGUCGUUCAGAACUAUCCACAGUUGAUAACAAUAAUCUUAGAUUUAAUGUUGGACGUAUUACUGUUGCCUUAUAAAUGGAGCGGGUCCGAUGAAGUCGCGUUGGCCGGAUUCAAUACUCAUUCUCUAAAACGUUUGAAGCUUAAUAUACCUUUGGUGUUUACGGACGCAGAUUAUCACGAACAAGUGAAACUAGGAAUUUUGGGAUUGAUAUCGGCUAGUAUAUUUGAAUCGCAACAAGUGUUGGUUCAUUCGAUAGUCGGCGCUGCCGACACGCGCUACAUGGUCGCCAAUUCUGGUGAAAACGAAUUGAGAAAAAUUACUUGCGAAAUCGAUUGGUCUAAACCGUCCACUAUGAUGCCGUUGUACACUUUAUUCAUUGGAACUAGCCCAAACAAACAAGAAAUUCCGAAACAAAAAGAACCCGCCUGUGUGCGUAUUAGGCUUAAAAUAUUACCUUGUCUGUGUUUGAGCAAAGGCGAAGACUCCGUGAUAUGGCCACAGUGCAUGCAGAUAAUAUUUGAUUGUUGGAAUGGUAAAAAUACCAACCAAAGACUAAAAAGUCUGGCUCUGCAAUACGCUCAAGUAAUUAUUCGCCAGAAAUCGGCAAAAACCUUACUUCAGGCCACGCCGAUACUUUUGAAAUCGGGAUUACUAAAGUUGUUGGAAUCGACCGAUUUGGAUUUAAACGCAAAGCAAAUGAUUUAUACUUUAAUCGGAAUGCUAAUAUCCAAAGUGCCCAACUCGGUCAAAGACGAUUUAGGUCAACUUCAGUCGUUUUUCGAAGCACUAGUAAAGGAAACUUCUAACGACCUAAAAGGAUCGAUUAGAUCGUGUCUGAUAUCGAUGUGUAGCGCUUACAAAGACUGCAGUAUACUGCCGAGCAUAUUGGAUAUGAUUGCGUACUACUGUAAAAUGUCUGACGGUCUUUUGAAACAAGUCACCACACAUUAUUUAUCAAACUUGUUUCCCGCCGAUGAUGCUCGAUCGAGAUUGUUACUGAUUCAGUCGCACACAGCUUCGACCGGCGAUUCAGAUUUGAAAAAGAUUUUGUACAAUGUUGACGAAGCGGGUAAUCUAGUCGGCCUCAACGAAGACGCUUUGGUUUUACCUAGAUUUCCGGAUAUGGUAAUGACUGUAGUGAACAGUAAUGAGAAAUUCGACUCGGCUAUUCUCACGGAAGUUGCCGAAUAUCUUAGCCACUGCCUUACUUUUAGCGCCGGUCUACCGGUCACUUAUAACACGUUACACCAUCCUUCAAAACACACUCCCGAUAUUUGCAAAUAUUUAUUAACCGUUUAUCAGUCUGAAGCUCGAGUUAUCGAUAAUUAUUUCAAACUAAUGCUGCAACUGAUACAAGUCAAACCGAGCGUUAUACCGAUGAAUAACCUGUUGGUGUGUGUGGCCGCUUUGCCAAAUCCGUUAGCCAAUCGAUGCAUCAAAGACUUAAACACAAUUCAGAAAUUAUUCGUGUCGAGCAACGAAGACAUGCGUCAACUGAGUGGAAUAUUGUACGGUAUUAUAUUAUCGGCUUUGGACGAAACAAUAGCGAGCAAGCGUGUAGACGAAUUACUAUCGGUCGUUGUGGAUAAAAGCAGGAGUAAUAAAUCUUUGGAGAUCCACGCAUCUUUGUUUGCGUUAUCAUCACUCCAGGAGUUCAUAUUCUUUAACAAUAAAAACACACCAUCGUUGAUUAGUCAAGACGUAUUUGCAGCAAUAAUGUCAAUGCUUGACGAUCAAAGUCCUUUGCUCGUCGGUGCUGCUUGCGACGUAAUUGGCCUAAUAGCGAGACUUACACCCAUUCCGUUAGACGACUCCAACAAGACGACGUUGGUUAAAAAACUGUUGAAAAUUUCGUUUAAUUCGACUGUUCUAUCAAAAGUCAGAAACAAGGCGAUCAAAUGUACCGGAUUGAUUUGCGUCGGAGAAAAUUCAGACCGUAGUAAAAUCGUUGUAAAAGAAUAUUUAGAAAAUACAAAACACACAAAAGAUAUUGAAAUUCAUUUGUCCAUCGGUGAUAGUAUAUCUUGCGCCAUACUCGGUCCUUGUUCGAAAAUGUCUCGAAACUUUUGGACCUGUACUGAACGAGAAUAUCAGAGUACCGUGCCGAUUAACAGCGCCGUAGAGGAAUGCGAUAAAUUGUCGGAUUUUUUCUUAAACAGUAUACUGGAAAAAGCCGAAUCCGAAGAACAUCCGAAUUCAAGACAAGCGUGUUGUGUUUGGAUAUUUAGCGUUCUGAACGAAUGCCAUACACUGCCGUCCGUUAAUAAAAAACUAGCUCGCAUCCAAACAGCGUAUGUCGCUCUUCUCGCCGAAAAAAAUAGUUACAUACAAGACUUGGCGUCCAAAGCUUUAAUACAAAUAUACGAACACGAAAGUGAAGAUCGUAAAGAUCAAAUUUUGAAAUUGCUCGUAAAACAAUUAUCCGAGUACAUGGUUGACGGCAAAAAAGGCAAAGACGGCUCUGGGGGAAUUUUAUCGACAUACAAAGAGCUGUGUUCGCUGGUCACCGAUCUGAACAGACCUAAAUUGUUGUAUAAGUUUAUACAAUUGGCUAACUACAACAAAAAAAAGGAAUCAAAAUCAAAACUGGAAAUCGACGAACAACUCAACGACCAGUUACCGUUUAUUAUACCGAGACUGUACCGCUAUCAGUACGACCCGACGCCAAUCGUACAGACUUCUAUGAGCGCAAUAUGGAGCUAUUUAGUGUUGGACACUCGUGCCAUUGUUGAUAAAUACUACAAAGAGAUUUACACAGAUCUGGUGAAAAAUUUAACGUGUCCAAAUUGGAAAGUACGUAUUUCGGUUUGCCAGGCUAUACCGUCGUUUUUGCAAUACAGCGGCGACAAAAUAUUUGGGAACUGUUUGGAUUUAACGAUAGAAGCUUGGAAAGAGUUGAUCAGGGUAAUGGAUGAUAUUCACGAAGGCACCAGAAAGGCUGCUACUUCUACGGCAAAAACACUGUCUAAGUUGUGUGUGAACGAAUGCACAACCAAUACGCAGCUUUUACGACUACUUUUGCCGAUCAUUUUAGAAAAGGGUUUAUACCAUACAGAAUCGAGUAUAAGGGCUGUGAGCAUGGAUAUGAUAUCGCAGUUGAUUGUCAAUUGUGGCGACAAAUUGAAAGACGACCUGGCCAAGUUAAUAAUUGCGCUUUUGAGAGGUGCCGACAAAGUAGAAACGGCAGCCAUGAGCAUGUUGAGCGUUAUGUCGGGUGCCAAUCCCGACACACAAGAACUGAUCGAUUCGCACCGUGCCGCGUCUGCUAGAACACUGAGUUCAAGCGACGUUUUAUCAAAGAGCUUAUUGUACAUCGACGACAAUGUAUUUCAAGAAUUAGUACCGCUUCUUCAAGAGCUUUUGACCGCAAACAUUGGGCUUCCCACCAAAGUGGCUACGUCUCAUUUUAUCAACUUGCUAAUCACACAGAAACAACAUCAGCUGAACAACAAGCUUUUGGACAGAAUCCUAAAAUCUUUAAUGAAAGGCAUCACCGAUCGUAACGCUACGAUACGUAAAAGUUAUGCGUCCACCAUAGCCGUGAUCACUACAGUGGCCAAAGAAAGUUCUGUCAAUAAACUCGUCCAAUCUUUGAAAGAUGUGUACAUGUCUAACGAAGAUGAAAGUAUACGAUAUACUGUGGGAUGUGCAUUGAAAGGAAUAAGUCAAUGUGAGAAGCCGGAUUUGUACUUGCCGAAUAUUAUACCGUUGAUAUUUUUCGCCAUGCAUACCAAACAAGUUGAAACCGAGGCGACGAGCGUCGACAAAAGUUCAAAUGAAAUUUGGAAGGAACUUUGGGAAGACAACGUGCACAACACCGAAAGCGUUUUGUCUCGCCACUUGGAUUCGUUAUACGAGUUUUUAGGCGAUGCCAUUAAAUCAUCGUCUUGGGCAAUGAAAUCACAAGCUGCGAGGUCUAUUGGCGAUGCCGCCGAUAAACUGGGUCGCAGUUUAAGCGAAGAGCAUCGCAACAAGUUUAUAGAGACCAUUAAAACCGGAUUGCAAGGUCGCACUUGGGACGGUAAAGAAUAUUUGCUCGAAGCUUUGUUGCAACUGAAUUUGAGUUCAAGUAACUUGGCGGAAACUCAUAAAAGCGAAGAAAUUGUGGAGUUGGUUUUCAACGAAUGCAAAAAAGAAAAAAUCAGUUACAGAAUGGUCGCGUUGAAAACUCUCGGAGAACUGUUGGAAAAACUGAAGAUUGACCGUUUUGCUCAAACGUAUCAGUUGGUCAUGCACGUCAUUCAAAAUAGUGCAGAUGAUUCCGAUAUUGAAGAUAAAUCACAAAACUUAAAACUGAAAGAAGAAUUGUUUUUAUUAGUAGGAAAAGCAUGGCCCUACACGUUGGCAACACAAGUCGAGUUUGGAGAAACUGUUGUCGUUCAGUGUGCGGAUCACUUGAAAAACAAUACACGUCCAUUGCAGCUGGCCAUCAUGGGAACGCUGUUGAAAGUUGUCGAACGGUUGGCUUUCGUUCAGCUGCACGCAAGUCACAAACAACAACUGAAAUACAUUCUCAGUCACGUUAGACGAACGUUACAUUUUGCUUUCGGUAUUCCAAAAAAUAUUAGUCUAAGAAAACUGUCAUUGGAAGUUUACAUUAUGGUGAUGACAAACUUAAAAAGUUUAAAAGCGGCCGAAGAACUGGAUUCGUUCUUGGGACUUUACAACGAGUUUUCGACAAACUUCAUCGCCGACGAUUCGCCGGAAGUGAAACUUCUCUUACAGACCGUUAAAGAAUCAAUGGGCUAGAUAGAAGAGGAGGCGAGGCAAUCUUUUUUUUGUGUGUGUAAUCGCCUUAUCGCUGCGCCGACCUUUGACACACGGCUCGUUUGUAUAUACAUAUAUAUAUAAAUGUGUUUUCUUUAUGUUUAACAUUUUGUUCAAUAAAAAAACUAUUUUAACAACACCA